AUGACUCCAAAACAUCCUAUAAUGAAUACUUAUAAUUUUGUAAGUACUUCUGACAAACAAACGCCAUUGGAUAGUUCUCAUUUUCGCUUAAUUAUCAGACAACAGCCGAAACAAGCCCGUUUAUGUAAUUCAAAAGAACGAGAUCGAAGACCAAUCGAUCCUCCUCCGAUCAUUCAACUUAAAGUAGAUGAAUAUGGUGGUUUCUUUGUAUUUGGUGAUAUUUCUAUUCGUGUUGAAGGUCGUUAUCGUUUAAGAUUUAGUUUAUUCGAAGUAAUAAAAAAUGAAGUUAUUCAUUUACAAUCAAUAAUUUCAGAUAUUUUUACUAUAUAUUCUGCGAAGGCUUUUCCUGGUGCGUCUGAAUCGACAUUUUUAUCGAGAUCUUUUUCAGAUCAAGGUGUUCGUAUAAGAAUAAGAAAAGAGCAUAGAGGUCUAUCAAAAAGAAGCAAACCUGAGAUUAUACAGCCUACUGAAAAGUUAUCAUUAGAACCUUACUACUCUUCAUCGUCAUCAUCUUCCCACUAUACCACAUCUGAUUAUUUAAUCAAUAAUAACAAUUCCCCAAAUUAUUUGCAAAAUACUGGUUACACCUCUCCCAAUUCAUGGCAGAAAUCACGUGUUUUCGUUUCAAAUAAUCACGAUGAUUCUGGAUUUGACGAUCAAAUGUCAGUUCUUUCUUCUUCCACUUUUGAAUUUACUUCUUCUGCAACUUCUUCACAUAAUGAAUCAUUUUUCUUGAAUGAUCGUUUAAAACAUCCAUAUUACUUCCGACCUUCUUUACCACCACCUCCUGAAUCAUCAACUAGAUCUUUUACUUUACCACCAUAUCUAUCCAGUUCGCAACACCAACACCACACUAAACUAGAUUAUAAUAUCACCAAAACUGACAUUGAUGAUAAUAAUAAUAAUACCGCUACUACUGCCGCUGUUAAUAAUAGUAGACUUUCUUCCAUAGCUAGUCAAUUACCCACACCAAAAACUUCGACUGAUGUUGAUGGUACGCGCUCAAAUCAACUACUAUUAACUCCUUACUCGCCAAAUAUGGCUACUUCCAUCGAUAGUUAUAGAGAUGAUAACAUAAUUUAUGAGCCACCAAAUCCAACGCACUUUAUAGGUAUGCUUUUAGUUAAAAAACUAAUUACAUAUGAUCCAGAAGAUGCAUGGUCUGUCAGGGAUUUUCCAUUAAGCUCACUACCAGAAACUUCACCAGACACAAGUUGUUUAGACAUUUUAAACUAUUUUCAAGAAGGCAGAAGCCACAUGGUACUUGUCUCAGAAGAUCCUGGGGGAGAUAAAGGAGCUCUUGGCGUAAUCACUCUCGAAGAUGUUAUUGAAGAGUUGAUUGGAGAGGAAAUUAUUGACGAGACAGAUGUUUAUGUUGACGCUCAGCAAUUCUACAUAGUUCAUCGAAAGCAAUUACCAAAAAGAAAAAAGAAAGCAAUGAUAUAG